GUAAUGGCAGUCGAUCUGUAUCAGUCUGUUAAAUGUCAAACGCCAACGAGAGUUGUCGAAUAGCGACUGAUCGGUGACGUUCUUGAAUAUACAUAUGGCCGCGAAGGAGCCGAUCGUCGUCGAGUCAAUCGACAGUGGCAUAGCCGAGCCCGGGAUCGAGCCCGGCGCCUCCACGGAAACGAUGCUUGUCACUACUGACAGCUUCGACGAGUACGAGCAGGAGAUGAGCAGUAGCAUCGAUGGUGACAGGCAAAUGAAAGAGAGCACCACCAGCACCAUCUCCGAAAUCCAGGAAGACGUUGCACAAGACAUUCCCACGACACCUACCGCCGCCAGUCCGCGAGAAUCUGAGAAAACCCUUUCUCUAGAUGACGGGGAAAUGGACGAGGUCGCGCAUCGUUUGGGCCAAAGUAACAUAGACGGAGACCCAUUGCGUUGCAAAGCAUGGCUGGCGCAGAAGAAGCACAUUUUUAUCUUGAGUCAGGCAGGGAAACCCAUAUACUCUAGAUAUAGUUCAGAAGACAAACUAGUCACAGUUAUGGGUGUUAUGCAAGCUUUAGUGUCGUUUGUUCAAGCUGGUAGUGAUAUGAUCAGAUCAGUGCACGCGGGUGAUACAAAUUUCGUCUUUGUAGUAAAGGGUCCAUUGAUUUUAGUGGCAGUGUCCAAAACUUUGGAAAGUGUACCUCAGCUCACUUUACAAUUAACAUAUGUAUAUAAUCAGAUAAUCUCUGUAUUAACACAAUCUCAACUAAAUAGAGUAUAUGAUCAAAGGAGAAAUUUUGAUCUAAGAAGAUUAUUAAGUGGCAGUGAAAGACUGAUAGAUCAUUUAUUGAAUUUUAUGGACAGAGAGCCUGCUUUUUUUCUAGGAGCUAUUAAAUGUUUGCCCUUGCUUCCUUCUAUGAGAAGUUCUAUUACACAGACUAUCAUCCAAACUUGUGCUAAAAUCAAGAAUUUAGUAUUUGCCAUACUUCUAGCCAAUAAUCAAUUGGUUACACUAGUUAGAAUGAACAAAUUUUUUCUACAUCCAAUGGAUCUGCAUAUAAUCCAAAAUCUGGUGGACAGUUCCGAGUCACUCAAAACUGCUGAAAGCUGGACUCCGAUAUGUCUACCGAAAUUUGAUUCCAAUGGAUACAUGCAUGGUCAUGUGUCAUAUCUGGCAGAAGAUUGCCAAGCCUGUUUAUUAUUACUUACUGUUGAUAGGGAUGUAUUUUUCGUGUUAUCGGAGGCCAAACAAAAAAUUGUGGAGAAAUUGCGACGGACAAAUUGUUUAGAAGCGAUAAACGAAUCUAUGAAUAAACCGACGGUAACUACUGCCGACAUUGGGUUGCCUGAGAUGCGACAUGUUCUAUACAAAUGCAAAAGUACCGCGCAAUUUUGGAGUCCCGGGCUUCAACCACCUUAUACAACGGACGAAGAAAUAGAACGAUUAUUGGGUGUCUAUCAAUGUUUGCAUCAUAGAUUGCAUUCUCCUAGUCGACCCUUAAAACUUAUAUUUCAGCAACUAGAUAAGGAAACAAUGCUAGCAUGGGUGGCUUCUGGUUUUGAAUUAUAUGUAACAUUUGAACCUCUGGUAACAAAACCAGAUGCCAUUGAGGCAGUGAGCAAGCUAUUGAAGUGGAUAAAGAAAGAAGAAGAAAGGUUAUUCAUUCUGAAUUCGCCUACGUUUUAAACAUUAUCAAGUUUUCUGUUUUUAUAGAACACAUAGAGAAUAUGGAUAGGAAUAUUUGUCGACCAAAUUUUAAGAGUAUAUAAGAUUGCAUUGCAAGGAUUCCAAAGCAAAACGUUAUCAUAGUAAAUUUCUCAGAAUAAAAAUAUAGUUAUUAUUCGUCCAUUAUUAUGCAUCAGUAAUGAUAUCGCUAUUUUUUUAUUUAAUAAAGCAAUUGUAAUAUAAUACAAAUAAUGUGAAAAUGUACAUAUAUUUGAAUAAGUUACAAUGAAUGUAUGUUGUAAUUUUAAUACCGAUUUCUUGUAAAUGUCACAUACCGGCGCUAAGAACAUACAAACAUUGUUACAAGAAAAAUUAAAGAAAGAUUAUUAGU